CGAGGAACACGUAGUAACUCAAGUGCAGGAAAUAAUUAUUCUAAGACUUUUCGUUUAAUUGUUAAUAGCCGUUCGUCUGCAAAGAAAUUCUCCAUGAUGAUCUUCAAAUUCUAUAGAUGAAAAGCAUUUCCCUUUUCUUUUUAUUUUAAUAAUGAAUAUUAAAACUGCUAGAUUUUUUUUUUUCUUCUUUAUUAAAACAUAAAAAAUCAGCUGGUUGCUUGCACAUAUCUAAUCAUCCUUCCAUCGGAAUUUCUUGAGUAAUCAGGAACUAAACUAUGAAUAGUUUAGGUAAAUUAAAUAGUUGGGUUAACAAAUCGAUGCAUUUUGCAGGAUGCAGUCUUCAGCAAAUUCGUACCAAGUAUGCGGAUUGGAGAAUGAUACGUGAUGUUAAACGUCGCAAAUGUGUAAAAGAACAUGCCGUAGAACGAUUAAGAGUUAAAGCUUUGCGCAAGAACGACAUAUUGCAUGCAGAGUUAAGAGAAGUUGCCGAUGCCGAAAUAGCCGCGUUUCCUCGGGACUCAUGCUUGGUACGUGUGCGUGAACGCUGUGCGUUAACCUCACGUUCCAGAGGUGUAGUGCAUAAAUAUCGCUUAAGUCGUAUUGUUUGGCGUCAUUUGGCAGACUAUAACAAACUUUCGGGCGUGCAAAGGGCCAUGUGGUAGAUAAGCAGUCAAAUUUAAUU